AAUCAUUAGCAUAUACUUGUCAUUUGUUCUUGUAUAUAUUAUAAAAUCACCACAGAACUUUGCUCCCACUUUCCAGUAACGUCGGACUAGCAUUCACAAUAUGGAAACCUCUGUCGCCUCCGCCGCCGGCGUCACCUUUUUGUCCUCCUCUUCCGCCGUCUUUGGCCACCGCCGUCGAUGGAUUCUCCUAUCCAACAAAACUAACAGACGCAAAUAUACUUUCAAGAGAGGAAUUGAAGACCGCUUUCCCCUUUUCAAUGAAUUUUCAGAGCGAACUGGUACAUUCGUCUCGGGAACUUCAUCUACUUCUAUGAAGAAGAUGAUCUCGAAUAGAUAUGGUGGUAGAAAUUCGAAUAUCAACAAGAUUUACAAGCGAUUGGAAUCUUGUUUGGUGAUACCGCCGCCGAGGGGUAAGCCACCUCGCGCUAUCAUCAAAUUUCUCGGCGGCGCUUUCAUCGGAGCUAUUCCUGAACUCACUUACAGCUACUUAAUUGAGCUUUUGGCAAAGGAAGGGUUUCUGAUAAUCUCAGUACCUUACAAUGUGACUUUCGAUCAUGCCGACGCUGCGAGACAAGUAUUCGAGAGGUUUCAUGCCUGUUUGGAUACCAUUUUAGCGUCCGGACUGGCCGAUGAAGAUAUUUCACCUGCUCAACUCCUUAACCUUCCUCUCUUUUCUGUGGGUCAUAGCAAUGGCGCACUUCUGCAAGUACUCACAGGGAGCUAUUUCUCUGAGAAGAUACCUAAGGCUAAUGCUAUAAUCUCCUUCAACAACAGGCCAGCAACAGAGGCUGUUCCUUACUUUGAGCAGUUGGGCCCUUUAACCAGUCAGAUGAUGCCAGUUGUACAAGCAUCUCCAGUUUACUCUAUGGCUAGGAGUGUCUCAGGGGAUGCAUGGAAGAUCUUGCUUGAUGCUGCUGGAUCUAUUGUUCCAGACAGAGAUCAAGAAGUCUUGAAUUCUCUGACCAAAUUUGUUGAUCAGUUGCCCUCAGUGUUUAACCAAGUGACGGAAGGGGUUUCAGAGUUCAGGCCAACUCCAUCUGAGAAUCGAGAUUGCUUCAAGUGUAAUUACAAUGUCCAAAACACACUCUUGGUGAAGUUCAUUUCAGAUACGAUUGACGAGACCGAUCUACUUGAACAGACACUGAAGCCACGUGUCAAAGCUAUUAAUGGCACGCUUGAGAAGGUUGAGUUAAGUGGUAACCACAUCACACCGUGCAUACAGGAACCAAAGUGGGAGGUAGGUUAUUUAUACACUCCUGCAGAUGCUGUCGCUCAGGCGCUUAAAUCUCUAUCUUUGAGAGAAACAAGGGAGCUUGCUAAAAACUUAAGCAACUGGUUUGAACGUUUUGAAGCCUAAGGUUUGGGCAUUGAAUAUCUUAUUCUAAUUCAUCUUCAUUCCUUGUAUGAAUUUGAAUGCUUCUGAUAACAUUUUGUCCCCAAUUUUAUUCUUACAAAUAUAAGGUACUAUAAUGCAUAUACAGAUGAUUCACAACGGCAGCAACUUCUAGUGAUGGACCAUUUUUAUUUGA